AUGGAAGCUGACCUCAUACAACAGAUUGAUGCGCUAUGCAUAGUACAAGAUGAUAUACAAGACUGGACGGACCAAAUUCCACGCAUGAAGUCCAUCUACCCAGGAGCCGAGCUGGUCAUCUCGGCACAGAGUGCAUCCAGCGUCCAGGAAGGAUUUCUGUCCCUCAGCCCUGCCGCGAAUGCACCCCUCAAACGUAUUGAGGUACCCUUUCACAUGCCAGACGGCACGUCUCGUACAGUUCAACUCUCCAUUCGCGAGCGAGAGGAACAAUACUGGAGCAACCCAGCACAUCAUUCGUCGCGCCCCAAUAUAGAAGAUGUCGACAUCGACGAACUUCUCACCCCCCUCGCUACCCGCGCAUGGGUGUUUCAAGAGAGCUUCCUAGCGCGCAGAAUACUAUAUGCUACACCAUCUGAACUAGCCUGGCAGUGUAGCCAGCACGAGAGAUGCGAGUGUCGGAAGGAGGCAAAUGAAAACGCCGUUCGAUAUAUCGGCGAAGACGACCAUUUCUUCAACGUGCGUACUCUUGGUCAACUACUCUGUGUAGAAGACUCCCGCGCGACCGACCAACCCAAUUUCAACCAUUCGAAACUAUGGGCCGAGAUUGUAAAGCGGUACUCGGAAAAGAGACUGACCAAAUGGACUGAUCGCUUAGCCGCAAUACAAGGCGUAGUGGGAGCGUUGCAGCAAGCCAUGCCUGACAAGUUCCCGGAGGCAGACUACCUCUUCGGGCUCUGGAAAUUGCAGCUAGAAAAGUGGCUGUUGUGGCUUCGUCCCCAUCGGAAGCAGCCUGGCGACUCAGAGGCAGUUGCUACACUGAGGAAGAUGGCGCCAUCUUGGUCCUGGACGACGACUAUAGGAAACAUCAUGUACUAUGAGUUUAUCUUUGAUCCGGAAGUUGUAACUUACACACGAGUCGUGAACUGGGAGCACAAGGAGCCUGAUAGCUCUGAGACAGAGGUAUUUGGAGCGGGCAAGUGUGAGUUGACGCUCCUUGGUUUUUGCCUCCCGGUUCGGUUACCUUUUUCGGGUCACGAGGAUGAGAUGGGGUUGGGUUCGUAUAACCCUUUCCUCAUCCCCGAACGCUAUGCAUCCUCUGAUGCCAUCGGCCCCGCAGUCAUCGACAUGAUACCAGACGACCCGACGGACACAACCGUGUUGUCCCGCGUCACACAUUUCGCGCCUUUAGUAGGCAUCCCGCAAGUGUUCGGCGACAAUCCAAUGUUGCGUUGCCAGGGCUUGUUUCUGGAAAAAAUAGCUGGCCCAGAAGAUGAGGGAGGGCCGAGUACUUGGGAAGUUGAUGGUGUCACUCUCAAGGUCGAGGGUACGUUCAAGAGAGUGGGAUUUGGCUAUGAUGAUUGCAGAUAUAUGCAUCUUGGCUGGGAUGAUAUCGAGGACCAACAGAGCGAGCUUCGUGUAUUUAAGCUUAUUUGA